AUGGAGAAGAAGAAGCCGGUGAAGACAACUCGAUUGCAGCCGUCCAAAAGACGCAUCACUCGAUUGCCGACACUGGUCGUGCCGCCUCCGGACGGUGACUUGCAGUUGGUGGCGAAUGGAAUGCUGACCACGCCCAUGAUGGUGGUGUCACACGGUGGCAUGCGGUCGCUGGACAGUACGGCUGCGAAUCGGACCAAUAUUCUGACCACGAGACGCCAAACAGUACGAAAGAUUCGUCGGCAUCAGCAUGAGGUCGAAUAUGAAGACCUUCGUAUUCGACAUGCGGUAUUUCCUCAGAGCUUCGACAUCGAGACUACACAAAUCGUCGAUCAUUUGGCCUCUUCUGCUAUCAUGAAAGCGUUAGAAUCACUACAGAAUGACGAUGAGAUCAAAACAUUACGACAUCAAGCAACUAACACGAAAAAUCUUCUUAAAGAACUGAGAAACACUACAAAAUCUGCCAUGGAAGAAAAGGAUAAAAUGAUCGAUACUCUUCAACGAGAAGAUGAAUUACGACAGUGUCAGUGUUUAGCGACAGAAAUUUGUAAAGGGAUUGUGUUGUCGUCGAUGGCACAUUGGAACGAAGCGCCAUCUUUGACCGAGCCUCAAACGAAAAGCGUCGGCGUAGACACACGUAUGUUACAAAGCGACAAUCUUAUGCACGUUGAUGCUCUAAUUAAAAAAGGUCAAAUGGAAAUGGCAAAAGGAGCGUUCAAAACCCAAUUAGAAGUGUUAGAAAAAGUGCAUCCGGAACAGUAUCAGAAGUAUAAGAAGAUCAAAAUAGACGAUCUUGCCGCCGACGCUGUAAUGCAACAAGCUGAGAUCGCUAAGCUCCAACCAAAAACCGGAAAUCCAAUGGUGGACAUGUUGAACGAAAACGGCAUUCCAAUUGCAAGCAGCCUGAGAGGAAUCGAACAAGCUAUAAAAACUCAAAAAGAAAUGGAGACUCAAGAUCCAUCUGAGCUGAUUGCAAAAGCAGUACUGGAAAAGUUCCAAACGCAAAUACUUCCCGGCUUAGUGGCCAACAUCAUCGCUGGUCGAAACCCGUUCAAAAUUCCACAACAGAUGAGACAAGCACAGGCUGAGCCAGCGGAAAUCAGACGAAUGGCUUUGCAGUCAUAUGACCGAGUUCCUGAGCCGGAGUCCGAAGAUGAUCUCGUAACGCCAAGACGUUCAGCACCUGAAGACUUCGAUGGCGGCCAACUACGCGACGACUCCAGACGCAGUCUGGUGAAUCGCCUACGAAAUAGCCCUCGUCUACGAUCGCUUCUGGAGAAUCCUGAAGUGAUGUCGAUGUUGAGCAGCAAGAAGCUACGUGAUCAACCACUGCAUGGUCGUGCGCUUGCCUUCGAUGGAGACGAUGUAGUGACAGAAAGACGUCGACCUCAACUUGACCCUAAAUCAGCGCUUGUGCUGGGAUUGAAUGAGAUGUUCGGUAAUGAUGAUGAAGACGAUGACGAUGAGAACGAAAUGGAGAAUUCAAUUCGACGAUCACCAUUGUCGAUAUCAUCACCGUUCGUUGCAUCAUUAAAAAGUCAUCCAGAAGUGAAAGCAGCACUUGAAAAGAUUAAAUAUCGGGUUAAUGAUGUAGAAAAGUACUUGAUGCCAAAACCGCUAAUCAAAAACCCGAACCCACAACCGGGUUUCUUCGUGCCCAGAAAACUACCAACGAGACCAAGAAAAAUGCUACCACUUGUGGUUGGCAUCAAUGAAAAUGAGGAAAGCGGAAUCAGACGGAUGGAAGUCGAUCGUCCACUGGUUUCCUCCAAUCAAAAGUCGAGAGUGUUGACAAAUUUGAAAAAUAAUCCAAACAUCGCACCACUUUUUAUGGACGGCAAUUUGGAGGAGAUUCUGACUGGCAGAGAGAUUCUAACACCUGAACAGAAAGGAAAGAAGCCGGUGAAGCAGAUUAAGGCCUAUCCACGUCUGUUUGGAAUGAAAACCUACCAUCCCAUAGACAGCAAAAUAUCUCAGAUCAUUGAAGAACGACCAGUCCCACCGAUGAUGUGGACACCAAAAGGACGACACACUCGCUUACGGUGGGUCGGUGCCACCGAAAAGGAAAUCCCCGGAAUCGGCACCCGUUUUGUUCUUCCAUCUCUGGAUCCGACUAUGCCAGCCGUCAGUACUGCCUAUUCUACUCAAGGAAGAGCAAGGGACGAAUGGGACACAAUGUUCAAAAUACCGAACACUUGGAAAGCUGGCGACGACGUGGGAUUCAAGGUGAAGACAAAAAGUCAGCGCUUCAUUGGUGGAAACGGUGGAUUUGAAAUGCCUGCCGCACAUCAGUGA